GUUGAUGAUUCGGUUGAUGAGACUGUUGAUAAUUCGGUUGAUGAGACUGUUAAUAAUGCGGUUGAUGAGAUUGUUGAUAAUUCGGUUGAUGAGACUGUUGAUAAUUCGGUUGAUGAGACUGUUGAUAACUCGGUUGACGAGAUUGUUGAUAAUUCGGUUGACGAGACUGUUGAUAAUUCGGUUGACGAGACUGUUGACAAUUCGUUUGACGAUAUUGUUGAUAGUUCGGUUGACGAGACUGUUGAUUAUUGGGUUGACCAUAAUAGCGAGAGUGUUGCUGAAUAUAGUGAUAGUUAUAUGUAG